CAGCAGACAAAGAACUCUACUUUUCAACCACAGCCGUGUGUAUCACAGAAGUUAUAAAGUUAUUGCUAAGUGUGGGACUUUUAGCUAAAGAAACAUCACCGCUGUGCCCAAAUAAUCAGUGCUUCCACUCCCUCUGAACGUUUGAAGCAUGUAGUCCUACUAAGGAAAUAAAUGAUUUAUUGUGGGGGAACUGCAAGCCAGAUUAGCCAGUCCUCCUGAGCAAAAAUAAUUCAGAAUAGUUAAGAGCAUGCAUAAUCAAUAUGAAGUCAGAGAAACUGGUAGCCUGGGUAGAUUGACGGCAUCGUUAAGUGAAGAUGUCUUGGGCAGCCCCCAGGAGCUGGUGAAGUUAAGUGUGCCGUCCUUAGUGUACGCUGUUCAGAACAACAUGGCUUUCCUCGCGCUCAGCAAUCUGGACGCGGCCGUGUACCAGGUGACCUACCAAUUGAAGAUUCCCUGUACUGCUUUAUGUACUGUUUUAAUGUUAAACCGGACACUCAGCAAAUUACAGUGGAUCUCAGUGUUUAUGCUGUGUGGAGGAGUCACACUUGUGCAAUGGAAACCUGCCCAAGCUACAAAAGUCGUGGUGGAACAGAAUCCAUUACUGGGUUUUGGUGCUAUAGCUAUUGCUGUAUUGUGCUCAGGAUUUGCAGGAGUGUAUUUUGAAAAAGUCCUAAAAAGUUCAGACACUUCCCUUUGGGUGAGAAACAUUCAGAUGUAUCUAUCAGGGAUCAUUGUGACAUUAGUUGGUGCCUACUUGUCAGAUGGGGCUGAAAUUAAAGAGAAAGGAUUUUUCUACGGUUACACCUAUUAUGUCUGGUUUGUCAUAUUUCUCGCAAGUGUGGGAGGCCUCUAUACUUCCAUUGUGGUCAAGUACACAGACAACAUCAUGAAAGGUUUCUCUGCAGCAGCAGCCAUUGUCCUUUCUACCAUUGCUUCCGUGAUACUGUUCGGAUUACAGAUAACACUCACCUUUGCUCUGGGUGCCCUUCUUGUAUGUGUUUCCAUAUAUCUCUACGGAUUACCCAGACAGGACACUACAUCCAUCCAGCAAGGAGAAACAUCUUCAAAAGAGAGAAUCAUUGGUGUGUGAUUUGAGCCUCAGAAGAUUCCUCCUGUGACUAAGCAGCUUGCAUUAAACUAGAGCCUUAAGUCAAUCUCAGAAGGUAGCUUAAAGAACAAAUUAACUGUAUGGCCUAAGAAUCAAGAAGAAAGCUGUAUGAGUGAACUGCUAAUAUAGAGACAACUGCAGACCUGUUGGGGGUCAAAGUGUAUUGUUUCAGAAUGAAGGAAUUUUAUUGUGUGUGUAUAUAAUGUACAUAGUGAGUAUGGAGAUGAUGUGGUAUUAAAAAAUCAUGAAGCUACCAAAUCAAGUGAUAAGGUAUGGAUUACUGUCUAAAAGUGAAAGUGCCAAAGCCAUUUCUGUACUAACUGUUCUGUUGUUCAGGUACCAAGGGAGGACAACCUCUCCUUGUUCUGUAGUUCACUCAUGGUAUAGUUUUGUCUCUGUAACAGUAGAGACCUACUUCUUACAAAAACAAACAAGACAGGCUAGUUCAGAACCAAACUGAAUGUGUAAUUUCCAUGGAAUCUAUUUUGUAACUCAGACAGUGAUUUCUUGGUGGUGACUAAGUACUCCUUUAGUGCUAUAUUUGUGCCAUUCAUUGUCCCCUUCAUAUUUCUUUGCUAUUAGAUAUACUUGUCUUCAAGAAAAUUUCUAAGAUGUCACUUUUAUACUUUUUUUUUAUAAAGUAUAGUUGUUGGGUUCUCAAUAAUUUGUGUUUUAAAAAUAUUUCUAUAAUGUUAAUGGGGGAAAUUCAGCAAUAAACUUUAUUUAUAUGAAUCCUCUUUAAUCACUUUUUUGAAUUGCAGAUAUAACCAUUAAGAUAAUGCAAAAACAUGAAAAAAGCUGAUUUUUUUUUAAAGGUUGUUUGUAAAUAACAGCUUUAACCCGAGUCUGACAAGCCUUAAGCACCUUUCCUAAAAAGGAAUUUAUAGGAAGGAUUACAGUCACAGCUAUAGGGCUUUAGAUUGUAGAAAUGAACGGACUUUUGGGGAGCUGGUUUGAUGAAGGCUUGGCUCUAACCAUUAUUGUUCCUGUAUCACCUAAAGAUUUGAUACUCAGAAUACCAUUGGUCCUGGAAGGAGAAAGAUUCCUAGAAGUGGAGAGGGAUACUGUACAUGUAAAACAUGACUCUUGUAGAUUUUUAUUCAGUAACUGGUUUGUGCUGAGGGAAUUUUAAUGCUACUUUAAGCAGAAAAUUAGUAGUCUGGAAGCCAGAUUACUUAAAAUGGAGGCAUGAAUGAGUCUUUUGCAAGGACUGGGGGGGUAAACUAUAUUUGUCAAUAUAAAAUGAUGUUUAUUCAAACUGAAGCAGCUUUGGUUCGUGCUAAUUUGAUUCUUUCCUUAAAAAUACAUGUUCACUGAUAUUCAAAA